ACCGACUGCUACCAAUCAUGGAGUACAUAGUCUGCUUCAGUACUGUGUUUGCGCAAACUAAACGCAGCGGCUUGAAACCCAAGAAGUCUAUAUAAUGCCAGCUUUCUUCUAUCGGUAAAUUGUCAAAGGGCCGCCAAGCAGACUUGGCUGGACUGCUGUCGGCUGAAGCAUAAUAUUUUGGUUUCGACUGCAGCCGUAAGCGCGUUUCCCUACUUCGCCCAUGAGCCACUGUGCUCAAAACACUCGAGGUUGGCUUUCAGGGUUGAUGCAAACACGUAUGGAGUAGCUGUUUGUCUAGGACUGAACGUGCGGCGUCUCAAGAGUGGAUAUUUGGCGUAUUCGGAGUUCCAUAAGAUCACAAUCUGCCAUCAAGAUCAACCGACAUGGCGCUCGGUAUUGCAGCUGUACGGAAUGUCCCAUUGAACGUUGAAGUGCUUGGCACACAGCGCAUAUGUCUUAAAGUCAAAUCUGAAAAGGAGCUGGUCUUGGUCCCUACGCCCAGCAGCGAUCCCAAUGAUCCGCUCAGGCUCAGCUGGGGAGAGAAGCAAAGUAUUCUAUGGACAGUAGCCGUCCUGAGUUUUGUGGUCUCUAUUUUUGGUCCCAUGGUGGGUACUAGCUAUUUGCAGGUGUCGAGUGAGCUGCACAAACCGCUAGAUCCUGUCGUGCAGGCACUCUCAGGCACUUUUGGUAUGACUGUUGGCCUGGGCGCACUUCUCACUGGGGCACUCGGAACCGCAUACGGCAAGCGCCCAGUGUUUUUCUUCUCCCUUCUGCUCCUUAUCGGCAUGACUUUUUGGUGCUAUCGCGUCAGGACUUUACCUAUGCUCGCUGCAACGCGCGCCCUUCAGGGACUUGCGGCAUCGGGUAUUGAAAUCAUGGCGUCCAGUGUGGUUGUGGACCUCUUUUUCGUGCACACGCGUGGUCGCUACCUUGCAAUCAUUGGAGCCGUGCACGGAAUUGGCUACCUUGUGAGUCAGAUCGCAGGAGGCUUUGUGGUUCAGCACUUUGGUUGGCGAGACCUAUUCUCCCUCUCUGGCUUUCUACUUUUGGCAUUGGUAUUGCCCGUAUUCUUUCUACUGCUGGAAACAGGCUUCUCUCGAGGAGACAGCAUCGGUGGCAAUGAAUCGUUGCCCCUUACAGACAUGUCUCAUACCAAGAGAGUCAUCAGUGCGUCAGAGGUGUCCAUCGACCCGACGAUUGAGCGCAAAUCGUAUCGACAAUGUCUCUCAGUCUUGAGUUGGCGCUCACUCAGCCCGACACCAUUCUGGAAGCUUGUCGUCCGGCCUGUAGUGCCUCUCAUGGUUUUUCCCGCUGUCAUCUUUGGAACCUUCGUUCACGGUCUUGGCACAGUGUAUUUGCACUGUUUUGGGUAUGCCAAACUCGCCUUAUUUACAAAGGCUCCGUACAGCCUAACGCCUACUCAGAUCGGAUUGACUGCCCUGCCUGGUGUGGUGACAAAUCUGCUAGGUUACCUCAUUGGAGGUUAUGCUUCUGACAUGCUUGUUACUCGGCUUUCACGUCGAAAUGAUGGGAUGUAUGAGCCAGAAUUUCGGCUUUGGCUCAUGGUUCCUCAAACCAUCUUUUCCACCGCAGGCUUCAUUGGAUUCGGAUACUUUGUAUCACACGGAUCCUCCCUUGCGCUGGUGUUGGCCAGCUACGCAAGCGUCGGUAUUAGCAUUGCCUUUGGAUCCCUGGCGAGCAUGACGUAUUUAAUGGACACCAUGCCCAUUGCGACCGUGCAAGAAGCAAUCGUGUCUAUUGUGGUCUUGCGCAGCAUCUUCAAUUUUGUUGCGGCCAGCAAGAUCAAUGGCUUCAUUCAUCAUUUUGGCGUUGAGAAGGUUUUCUUUGGGCUCGGCAUGGCCAAUCUAGCAGUCUCGUUGUUGACGAUCCCGUUCUACAUCUUCGGGAAAAGACUGCGAUACUGGUCUUCCACCAACAAGACUCUCCAGAAACUGCUUUGAAAUCAUGAAACCCUCCGGGAGGUCACAACAAAUAGCUUGUCGUGAUGUGAGAUUUUCUACAGAAUACAGAUGUUGAUAUGUAAUCAAGCCAAAAAUGCGUCGGUCACGACAGUGUGUAGACGAUUGAUUUCUCUCAUGAUGAGACCAAGUUUUGCGCGAUGUGCUUCGUCUGCUGUGCUUGUCGGAUCGCGCACCUCCAAAGAUGUACGGUAGUGCUGGAGUUGCUUGACGAACAAGUCUUCAUCGUCCAACUCUUGCUGUUCUAUCAA